CAGCAGAGCAGCAGAAGCAACUCAAACUAUGAGAUCGACGGAUAGCUUGGAGUUAAGACCAGCUUUUAUCUAUCUUUCUCGGCAUGCCCUUUUGCUUCCCUUAUAUUCUUUUCAUGGGAAGAGAAGAGUUCAAGACGAGGGGGCCGAGAUGGUAAAAGCUGACGCUAAUGGAGGACCCCACGGUCUUGGUCGGUCCUACGAUGUUCCGAAAGAUGGGCGGCUAUGAGAUAUUUGCCAGCUAUCGGGAAUUCUUGGACGAGAUGCGACUGGUAGUUGCCUAUACGUGGAAUCGUCCGGAGUUCAAACCCUAUCUCCACACUCGUUAUUGGGCUACUCGUGACCAGAUAUACUACUGGGAUGCUGCGAAGAUACCAGUGGCACCAGUGGGGAUAGGAGGGGCAGCAGGAGAAGGUGGAAAGGCAAAU